UUUUUUUUUUUUUUUUUUUUUUUUUUUUUUUUUUUAUAAAACAUCGUGUUAUCUUCAUCUUCGUUGUACUACACGCCAAAGUGGAAAAAAAGACUGAUUGCUACGGACAAGGAUUUUCAAGAACCAGCAGGAUUUUUUUCAACUUGAUCGGCACGCACGUGAUGUUCUCCACUUAUUGUGCACCCGCAUUGUUAGCUUUCCCAACUUUUUGCUUCACGUUUCUAUCUUAAAGCAACUUGUGAGGUGACUCAAUUCAAUAUUUCGAAACGAUUUUCUUGAUUUUACGUACAAAUGUGUCCUUUUACCUGGUAAUCCAGUUUGUGGAUUCAAAAGAAGUGAAACAAGGAAAAUGGAUCGUUCCGAUUAUCAUUGAGAAAACGUGAAAUUCUCUUCUUUUCUUUUCUUUUCUUUUCUUUCUUUUUCUUUUCUUUUUUUGUUUGUUUUUUUGGGGUCACACAAAGAUCCAACAUAUCCUGGGUUUAUCUUUCGUACGAACGAGAUAUGGCAUUAAUUUAGAUCUACUUGAAGAGAGCUAAGAAAAACAACGAUGACAGGGAAACGUCUUUUUUUGGCCCGUUUCUUCAAACGGUUGCGUUUGUUUCUCUGGGCAUUCUGGAUCGUGUUACUCGUUGAAACCGGAGCAUUUCACAAUGGUGCGGAAAAACAAAGAUACGAUGGAUGGUACAACAACUUGGCUCAUCCUAAUUGGGGAUCGAUCGGUAACAGGCUGAUACGAAAAGUACCUGCAGCUUAUUCCGAUGGUGUCUAUGCAUUGGCUGGUCAAGAUAGACCCUCGCCAAGAAAGCUAAGCGAUCUCUUUAUGCAAGGAGAUGAAGGUUUACCAUCCGUUAAAAAUCUGACUGCUUUGUUUGCUUUUUUCGGACAACUAGUCACGUCGGAAAUAAUCAUGGCCAGCGAAAGUGGUUGUCCUAUAGAGUUCCAUCGUAUCGAUGUGGAUAAAUGCGAUCCGGUUUUCGACAAGGAGUGCCAAGGUAACAAGUACAUUCCUUUUCUACGUGCCGAUUACGACCGCCAAACUGGACGUAGCCCGAACAGCCCUCGCGAACAGAUAAAUAAAGUAACAAGCUGGAUCGAUGGUAGCUUCAUAUACUCCAGUAGCGAAGCAUGGGCGAACACGAUGCGAGCAUUCAAGAACGGAAGUCUCCUCAUGGAACCAAGCAGAAAAUUUCCCGUGAGAAACACCAUGCGCGCUCCACUCUUCAAUCAUGCCGUUCCGCACGUUAUGAGAAUGCUCAGUCCAGAACGGCUUUAUCUACUCGGAGAUCCAAGAACCAAUCAACAUCCACCGUUACUCUCAUUAGGGAUCCUAUUUUAUCGUUGGCAUAACGUUAUAGCAAGUCGUGUACAACGAGAAUAUCCAGAUAUGUCUGACGAAGAAAUCUUUCAGAAAGCACGACGUAUAGUUAUAGGAACACUACAGAACAUUAUUUUAUAUGAGUAUCUUCCCACGCUCUUGAACGAAGAAUUACCAGCGUAUACCGGUUAUAAAACUGAUCUCCAUCCAGGAAUAAGUCAUAUUUUUCAAAGUGCUGCUUUUCGUUUUGGACAUACUCUUAUACCACCUGGUAUAUACAGACGUGACGAAAGAUGUGAGUUUCGAAAGACUAACGCGGGUCAAGCCGCGAUCAGACUUUGCUCUACUUGGUGGGAUUCGAACGAAAUUUUAGCGAAUAGUACGAUAGAAGAAUUAAUCAUGGGAAUGAGUUCUCAAAUAGCCGAAAAGGAGGACAAUCUUCUCGGUACAGAUAUACGAAAUAAUCUUUUCGGACCAAUGGAAUUUUCACGAAGAGAUCUCGGUGCUCUUAAUAUCAUGCGCGGUCGUGAUAAUGGAUUACCGGAUUACAAUACCGCCCGAAAACAUUUCAAGUUAACGCCAAGGAAAACAUGGAACGAGAUUAAUCCUGACUUAUUCAACAAAAAUCCAUCUCUACUGCGUACUCUCGUUGAAAUCCAUUCGAACAAUUUAAAUAACGUAGAUGUUUACGUCGGCGGUAUGUUGGAAUCCAGUGAUGGACCCGGGGAACUUUUUACUGCGGUUAUUAAAGAACAAUUUUUACGCUUGAGAGACUCCGAUCGCUUUUGGUUUGAAAAUGAAGAGUCUGGAAUUUUUACGAAAACCGAAAUUGAAGAUAUACGCCGUGUGACGUUAUGGGAUGUGAUCACAAACGCAACCAAUAUUCCGCCGGACACGAUUCAGAAACGAGUAUUCCUUUGGGAGGAAAACGAUCCGUGUCCUCAACCUUUCCAAUUGAACUCAUCCGUACUCGAGCCCUGUUUACCGUUACAACGAUACGACUAUUUCGAAGGUAGCGAAUUCGUCUACAUUUAUGCCUGCGUUUUCCUCGGAUUUUUCCCAAUUUUGUGCGCUGGAGCCGCUUAUGGCUUAGUAAAACUACAGAACCGACGAAGACGUCGUUUACGUAUACUUCAAGAAGAAAUUCAAAGGAGAAGCGACAACCGAAUUUGUGUCGACAAGAUGGUCGUUCGUGAAUGGCUGCACGCAAAUCAUCGUCGCUUGGUAAAAGUUCGUUUCGGUCCUGAAGCAGCUUUGCAUAUCGUCGAUCGAAAGGGCGAAAAACUUCGUACAUUCGAUUUUAGUGGCGUUAAUACAAUAACCAUAGAAGAGUCUCAGGAGAGCGAAAGCGGGCAUAGAAAGGCAUUGGUAUUGUUACGUAUACCACGUGAUUACGACCUUGUCCUUGAACUCGAUUCCUUGGCCUCGCGCAGAAAGUUCAUUGCGAAAUUGGAAGCGUUCCUGUCGUCCCACAAGAAACAUUGCACGCUUUUCCAAGUUAACCGCGAUGUUAUGCUCGCAAAAGCGGAAACUAAAGAACGUCGACAAAAGAAGCUCGAACAGUUUUUCCGAGAAGCUUACGCGCUGACGUUUGGUCUACGACCUGGGGAAAGGCGACGACGAUCCGAGGAUAGCGAUACAGGCGAGGUUAUUACAGCGAUGCGCACAUCUCUGUCAAAAAGCGAAUUUGCUAGUGCCCUUGGUAUGCGUCCUGAUGCAGUUUUCGUGAAGAAAAUGUUCAAUAUCGUCGACAAAGACGGCGACGGUCGCAUAUCCUUUCAAGAAUUUCUCGAUACCGUGUUACUCUUUUCCCGUGGCAAAACUGAGGACAAAUUGCGUAUUAUUUUUGACAUGUGCGAUAAGGACAGCAACGGCGUUAUCGAUAAAGAGGAAUUAUCCGAGAUGUUAAGAUCGCUAGUUGAAAUUGCACGUACUACCAGUCUUUCCGAUGAUCAUGUCACCGAACUCAUCGACGGAAUGUUUCAAGACGCUGGUCUUGAAAGGAAGAAUUAUCUUACUUACAAUGAUUUCAAGUUAAUGAUGAAGGAAUACAAAGGUGAUUUUGUUGCAAUUGGAUUGGAUUGUAAAGGGGCGAAACAAAAUUUUUUAGAUAUGUCGACAAAUGUCGCUCGAAUGACAAGCUUUCAGAUCGAUCAAUUGCCACCGGAGGAUUCGAAAAAUUGGGCCCGCAAACAAUGGGACGCGAUAUCGACUUUUCUCGAGGAAAAUAGACAAAAUAUAUUUUAUCUUUUCGUGUUUUACGUUAUCACUAUAGCUCUCUUCGUUGAAAGGUUUAUACAUUAUUCUUUCAUGGCCGAGCAUACGGAUUUGAGACACAUUAUGGGUGUUGGUAUUGCGAUAACGCGAGGAUCGGCAGCAGCUUUAUCAUUUUGUUACAGUCUAUUACUUCUCACGAUGUCUCGUAAUCUAUUGACCAAAUUGAAAGAAUUUUCGAUCCAACAGUAUAUACCAUUGGAUUCGCACAUACAAUUUCACAAAAUAGCCGCAUGCACGGCCCUCUUUUUUUCCAUUUUACAUACGGUCGGACACAUCGUGAAUUUUUAUCACGUAUCGACGCAACCGAUAGCACAUCUCCGCUGCCUCACAAACGAGAUCAGUUUUCCAAGCGAUGCAAAGCCAACUAUUACAUUUUGGCUUUUUCAAACGGUGACAGGCUUAACCGGUAUUCUACUUUUCCUCGUAAUGACGAUCAUUUUUGUUUUUGCACAUCCUACGAUACGGCAAAAAGCAUAUAAAUUCUUUUCGUUAACUCACAGCUUAUACGUAUUAUUUUAUGCAUUAUCCUUGAUCCACGGUUUAGCCAGAUUAACUGGCUCUCCAAGAUUUUGGAUUUUCUUCGUUGGCCCGGCGAUCAUCUAUGCUUUGGACAAGGUCGUAAGCUUGAGAACGAAAUACAUGGCUCUUGAUAUAAUUGAGACAGAAUUGCUACCAUCCGAUGUAAUAAAGAUCAAAUUUUACAGACCUCCAAAUCUUAAGUAUCUCUCAGGUCAAUGGGUACGUCUCUCGUGUACAGUCUUUAGAUCGAACGAGUUUCACUCAUUCACCCUCACUUCGGCGCCCCACGAGAACUUCCUUUCGUGUCAUAUUAAAGCCCAAGGUCCAUGGACCUGGAAAUUACGGAACUACUUUGAUCCUUGUAACUAUAAUCCGGAAGACGAGCACCCUAAAAUACGAAUCGAGGGACCAUUUGGAGGUGGAAAUCAAGACUGGUAUAAAUUCGAAGUGGCAGUUAUGGUUGGUGGAGGGAUUGGAGUUACUCCGUAUGCUUCUAUGUUGAAUGAUCUCGUCUUUGGUACUUCCACCAAUAGAUAUUCCGGAGUUGCCUGUAAAAAGGUAUACUUUCUUUGGAUAUGUCCAUCUCACAAACACUUUGAGUGGUUCAUCGAUGUUCUCAGAGACGUCGAAAGGAAAGACGUAACCGAUGUUCUCGAAAUACAUAUAUUUAUAACUCAGUUUUUUCAUAAAUUCGACUUACGUACUACUAUGCUAUAUAUUUGUGAGAAUCAUUUUCAAAGAUUAUCUAAGAAGAGUAUAUUCACUGGACUGAAAGCUAUUAAUCAUUUUGGUCGACCAGAUAUGACCUCGUUUUUAAAGUUUGUUCAAAAGAAACAUAGUUACGUCAGUAAAAUAGGAGUAUUUAGUUGUGGACCACGGCCUUUAACUAAAAGCGUAAUGUCUGCUUGCGACGAGGUGAACAAGGGUCGUAGACUACCAUACUUUAUCCAUCAUUUUGAAAACUUUGGCUAGUUAUUGCGAGAAAAGAACCGGAAAUUCACUAGGAAUUUCUAGCGAUUCCUUUGUAACUUCCUAAAAAGAGUGUACAUAUUUAUUGUGCUAGUGCACGUGCCUUAUUUAUAAUUAAUAUUAUAUUUCUUAUUUAUGAAAAGA